AUGUCUGACUGUGACUUUGCACGAUACACGACUCGCUCAGGCAGGGUGUACUCUGCCUGCCAGCAGGUCAUGUUUACUGCACUGCAGUUGCCUGCUAUGAUUCUGGCUGCCAUGAAGGCCGAAGCUGCGCAGGACGACGCCUUUGAAUCUGAGGCGCAGUUCAUGACAGAAGCUGCGCAGGACGACGCCUUUGAAUCUGAGGUGCAGAAGUGUAAUUACACACCCCUUUCCGUCGAUCCCACCCCCUCCUGUGUACCAGAACCCCCCAGCCCUCUUCCCUUUGCCACUCCCGCAUCAACCCCAGACAGUGAGGGUAGCUCGUCUUCUAGGAAGCGCAAGAGGCCGUCCGGCAAGCCGUUGAAUCGACACAUCCGUGCCAUGAAACGGGAGGAUCGUUACGACAAGCACGGUCACAUCCCAGUCCCUCGCAAAUUGGAAAAAUUGGUUGAAAAGGCCUGCGUUGAAGACGCUGGUAUUGACUUGAGGGAAUUGCCGUCCACGAUGGGCGGAUAUGAGGCCAAGAGAGAAGACGAAUGGGAGGCUAAGGUAUAUACAUUGGCAGAGGCUAAAGCCCUUGGCCUCCAAGUUUAUGAAUGGGAUGGCCGGAGGCCCGUUGCCUUUGUGGCCCCCAACAAGCAAAUCUUCAUGGUCCUGGCUGGCAGACCGGAUGACCCCCAAUACGACUCCGCUACUGAACGUGUGUAUGAAGCUCUCUCCGCAAAGGGUGUUAAGUUCACUUCUAAAUAUCUACAUCACCGACGAGGAGAUUAUCCCACUCUUGACAUUGGCGUUUCACGUGGGCAGGGACUACCCCAACCUGUUUCUUUAAAAUGCCAACCUCACGAAAAGUUUGUGGCCAAUCUGCUGGCCAACCCAGACAUUCAACGGAUGGCCUCCUAUGCUAGCUCUGCUUUUGCCACUUGGGCCCCUAGAACCUAUAACUAUUACAAAACGCAGCUCGAUAAAUUGUUCAUGCGCAUGCCUGGCCUUCCACGAAUAUUCACAAAGAGCAUCUUUCCCUCUAUGUCUACCAAUAUCUCUCCCCAAGCCCAGACUGUCCGACACCGAGAUCUCAAAAACUGUCCGUUCGGUUGGUGUGCCGUCCAGGCUUUCGGACAUUUUGAUCCCAAGCAAGGUGGCCAUCUCAUCCUAUGGGAACUUGGGCUAGCCAUUGAAUUUCCUCCUGGAUCAACUAUCCUUCUACCCUCCGCUACUCUCAGCCACUCUAAUACCAAGAUUCUAGACGAUGAAGAAAGGGCUUCACUCACAUAUUACUGCCACGGUGGUCUUUUUCGAUGGGUCGAGUACGAUUUUCAAAUCGAAAAAGAUCUGAAACACAAUAACCCUGCUCUGUUCAACCAGAUUUGGAGGGAUCGCCCCGCGAGAUGGAAUUUGGGGCUGUCUUUGUUCAGUACUAUGGAUGAGUUACAGGGUGGACAAUUUGAACAAUGUGAAGUUUAG